UACGAGAUUUCCAAAGACUUGCACGCUGGACUCAUCAUGGAAUUCAACUUUGAUGACUCAAUAUUCCUUACUGAAAAAAGAUGUGCAUCUCAAGAGAAAUUAACAUCGUAUAAUGCCAAGAUAUGUUCUCCUUUGUGGUUUGAGGAUGCAGAAUCUGAUAGUGACGAGAGUAAAAUUACACAGCUGAAAUUCUCUGCUGAUUAUCACUACAUGGUCGGCAGAUACGACAAAGCUCGGCAGAAAUAUCAGGCUAUAUUAGAGUCACUUCCCCCAGGUGGAAUGUGUAUGCGGCGUGACGUGCUGGAGUCUCUCAGUCGAUGUCAUCUGAAUGUGGGAAACAAGGCAGAGGCUGUGCGUGUGGCCAGACAGCUGUUUGAACAAGGCACUAAUGAGGAUCAUGAAAUCCAGGGACUGUCACUGUUGCAUCACAUUUACACGAAGACUGAAGACUUCACAGAAGAUUUGCCUAUACUUCAGAGACUGGUAACAUUUCACCCCCAGUAUCACUUAUACUGGCUUCACAUGGGGGCGGUCUACCAGGGACUGGUUGCGAGAGGUGACUUGUCGCCUGCUUGUGAGGCAGAUCACCAUGUUAAGACGUUCACCUGUUACCUGAGAGCCAAAUUGUUACUCAAGUUCAGUCAGAGAACGUCUGGAUCAUUUGUAAAAUCUAAUCAGCUGAAUCUUUCAGAAGAGAUCACUGAAGUAAUUGAGAAGAUGGACUUUACACUAGAUGAAAAGGACAGAGCAGAAAAGGUGAGAGUUAAGAAAUUUGAAAAGUGCACAUCUGUGAACAAGAUCAAAGACAUCCUUGAAGCCAUUCAACAUUUUCUCCAGUGGUGUAUUCAUAGUUAA